AUGGGCAAGAGCGCCCUUUUCUUCCAUGGUGAGUGCCAGUCCGAGACGUCGUCGACGUGCUCCACGGAGAGCGCCAUGUCAGUCCACAAUUUCGUGGUGCGUGAUUACCGGCUGCUCGAGGGCAUCGGCGGCGGCAAGUUUGUCAGCUCGAGCACAUUCAAAAUCGGCGGCUACGCCUGGACGAUCAGGUUCUACCCAAACGGGGAGCAGAAGGACGGAUCUAGCGACGCGGCCUCCUGUUUUCUUUAUUGCGACAGCCCAGCCAAGGACGUGAGGGCACGGUCCUCGUUAAAUGUGUUGGAGAAAUUAGACGGGGAUGUACAGGUGACAACCUUCAGCAUCUCAGAGGAUACAUUUUCUCCAACAAACUACUGUUGGGGGUAUAGAAAUUUUGUCUCGAGAUCGAAGCUUAACACUUUGUCGGACGCCAACAAUGGACGCUUCACGGUGAGAUGCGUUCUCAUGGUUAUACAUGAACCCCGAACGCGCAACAGGAGACCUAUCGCAGUGCCACCGUCGAGCAUGCGGGAGAGCCUCGAGCGCAUGCUCAAGGAUGGAGAAGGUGCAGAUGUGACGUUCAGCGUGCGCCACCAGCUGUUCAAUGCCCAUGGUUGUGUGCUGGCUGCACGUUCUCAGGUUUUCAAGGCCGAACUCUUUGGUCCGUUGAAGGAAAAUACGGCGCGGCACAUCGAGGUCGAUGACAUGGAGCCCCAAGUCUUUGAGGUGCUUCUUCACUUCAUGUACACAGAUACUAUGCCAGAUGAUGAUGAAGACCAUUGCAAAAUUGAAAGACUGCAACACUUGCUUGUUGCCGCGGACAGGUACGGAGUGGAUAGGUUGAAGGUCAUGUGUGAAGACAAGCUCUAUGAGGGCAUCAAUGUCGAGACGGUCGCGACCACGUUGCUUCUGGCAGAGCAGCAUCACUGCAAGGAUCUUAAGGAGGCUUGCAUUCAGUUUAUAAGUUCACCACGGGAUAUACUACGGGCUGUCAUGGCCACUAAUGGAUUCAAGCAACUCAUAGCUAGUUGUCCUUUGCUCAUGGAGGAUAUACUGAAGGUUGUGUCCUGCGCUUAG